AGAUGACGUUGCUAUAAGACUCGUAGUCUGUUGCCGUGACGCUGUCUCAAUAGGGUCGUCACGUGACUCCUUUGAAGAUGACUCUCUUUUCCAAGAAAAUCGGAUUCACUGCAUUCCUUUUCUGCGUCCCUGCGAAAAUGGCUGCAAUAAAAUCGCUCAAAGAAAUCACAGACACCUUGGAAGAACAACUGACCUGCUCCCUUUGUCUAGAUGUAUUCACUCAGCCCAAAACUCUCUCCUGUCUUCAUAGUUAUUGUACAAGAUGUAUCGCCCAGUGGUAUCAGAAGAGCGGGAAUCAAGGCGAUGAUCGAAUUGACUGUCCGAUGUGCAAGACGACAGUAGUUGUGCCCGACGGCGAUACUUCAAAGCUACCUUCGUCGUUCUACUUGGAUUCUUUAUUGCAGCUGCUAAACAAGAUGAAAAUCGAAGUUGAUCAACAAGAUUUGCACCAUUGUGAGAGCUGUGAUAAGAAGCAAGUCUUGGAUUCAUUUUGUACGCAGUGCAAUGGCUUGAUAUGUGAGGCUUGCUUCAACGUUCAUACAACCCUCAAGAUAUUUAAACGAGUCGAAGAUAGACACGAGCCAAUAAAGCUCAAUCAAUUUAAGAAGGAAAACGUAAACAGUUUCAUCAAAAACCAGAUGCUGUGCGAGUUCCACGAGAAAAAAAAGCUUGAAUACUACUGUAAAGAGGAAACAUGUAAACUCAGCGUUUGCCAAAAAUGCACUACUUUGAAUCAUCAAAACCACCAACUGCAGACCAUAGAAGAAGCUGCAAAGAAAUCAAGCGAAUCGAUCGAAGGAGCGGUGAAUCGAGUCGAGCAACGGGAACAAAACGACGGACAAGAAUUGGAACAAUCUAAAGAAAACAUAGAGAGAAUUCGAAGAGAGAUUGUCAAGGCAGAGAGGCACGUUGAUAAUGUGGUUGAAAAUAUUUGCGAUAUGGCCAAAGAACACGGAAUAGCGAUGAAGGAGGAACUGAAGCAGACGCUCCAGGAACUAACAACAGCAAACAAUGAAGAACAAAAGGCUAUUUCGAAAACAAGAAAAAAAGAUUCAGAAUUUGUGCAGCACUGCCGAGCACUGUUGGAUAGAAAAGUAGAAUAUGAGGUAAUAAAAAGUGAGAAAAUGAUUCUAGAAAGAAGUCAAAUGUUAUCAGAAGCUCCUUCGAUCUUGUGCCGUCAGCCAAUCCAGCGUGACAUGACAAUACUUUACUCCGUGACAGAGCAAGUCAUGCAAUCACUGCUAGACAUCGGCAGGAUUGUGAAGAGUGUGACGGACCCUGCUCGAUCCACAUUGGAAACAACUCCUGGUGUCAUAAACGAGUGCAAGAUAAUCACCAGGAAUACAGAAGGAAAAGCGUGUCCCACAAGAAUCGAGUCUAUUGAUGUUAGAAUCAAAGAUGUGGAGGGCAACGAGGUGGAAAAGGAAGUGUCAGAAGAGCAAACUGGAAAAUACCGUGUGAGUUUUAAGCCACAAAAAAAUGGACGGCACGAAAUUSAGGUGAAAAUUGGAGGAGAAAGGAUAAAGAACUCGCCUCAAAAUGUAUACAUACUGAAACCUUUUGAAGACAAAGAUAACUUGCCGCCAUGUGUGGUCCUCUAAGUGAGAGCCAAUGGGGUAUUAGAAAACGAAGUGACUCAACGUCCAGCAGUCCGAAAUUUUUCCAUAUUUCUCUUUGGGAUAGGCCAAUCUUUCCUUCUAAACUGUUUUCGAAACUACUCGGAUUUUUUGGUUUUCUGCGCUUGGGGAUUCUAAAUAAAGAUAAACAGCUAUGCUAUUAGGAAAAUUUAACGCGACUAGAGUUAGUGGCGGAUUUCUAGGGAUCGUGUAUAUUCAUCGUAUUAGGAUAAUUUUACGCUACUAGAGUUAGUGGCGGAUUUCUGAGGAUCGUGUGUGUUUAUACUUUAUUAGGAUAAUUUUACGCGACUAGAGUUAGUGGCGGAUCGGUUUUGCAAAUCCCUCAUUAUUAUCAUGAGCAGAUUAGAAUCGAAUUUAAUAUUUCAAGUUUUGUGAUAUAAGUGAAUGAGCUGAUCAGCUGUGUCUUUAUAUCUCAUAUUGUAAACUAUGUUUGAUUAUUACCCUUCAAUAUCAUUCAAACUUGUACAAUACUCACAGGGAAACGGCUAUAUUUUGAUUUCUUCUCUUAGAAAAGUAACUUUGCUCUUAUC